UUUCUAAAAGACAGUCCAGAAAAACUGUUUACUUGCGGAAAAUUCCACGCUGGUUCAGUAUUAUUAAUGAUGUCACGGGAUGAAGGGCACCCAUUAGAUAUAUCAACAUACAAAGAACUAGAUUUAGACCAGACAAUAGGAUGGUAUGCGACGAAUUUGUUUGCAGAAAGACCAGAUUUUACAGAUAACGUCAAAAAAGAAAUCAAGAUCUGGGAGACAAUGAAUCUAUCAAGUUAUCCUCAAGCCUUGCAAGUCAGGGCAGAUUUAGGAGUCUUCGUGCCAAUGAUGAAGCUUGCAGACAUGAUUUCUGAAUGGCAAAAGAACGUUUAUACACUCAGUUUUGAUUAUGUUUCUCAAAACGUACCCGGACCUGAAUGGAUAGGAGUUCAGCAUGGAUGGGAUAUAUUUUAUGUAUUUGGUGUACCGACAGUAGGACACCCAAAGUUCUCAUAUACAGCACGUGAUACAGAGGUUUCUAAAGUGACGAUGCAACUUAUCAGCAAUUUUGUCAAAAAAGGGAACUGGCGAUCCUGUAAUUUGAAGUUGAGAAAGUACAAUCCGGAGAAAAAGUCUAUCAACAAACUGGAUUAUGUCAAUGGCAAAACAGUUGUUACAAACGAAAUCAACUUCAAACAACCAAGGCUUGACUUUUGGUACAAAUAUUUGUUUCCAUUUAAUUUCAAAUGUACCUAUAGCUAUAAAACAUAUAAAGGUUAUAUGUAAUGUGUCCACGUAUAUAAAAGCCAUAACGAUUUGAUGAGGAAUUAAAAGUGAUCCUUUAAAUGGAAUCUUCUUUAUGUUUUAUAUCAUUCUCAAAAAGCAUCUUAUAAUGAC